AGCGACAUUACUGACUACUCUGUUGAAACGUUGAUUUAUGUUGCCGGUCCUUUCACCUUUCUGUAUCGACCGGAAGCAUUCGGCAAGUACUCAAGCCGGCGUUUCAAAACUACACUAGCAUGUCAAAUGAUCAGGGCCGUCGAUGUUCAGCAGACAGUCACGUGAACGCUUUGAAGCCCCCGUCUAGAGGCUCAAUUAGCAGUUUAUCCAGCUUCCGAUUUUUCGGAAGCAGCGAAUGUAUCAACGCCAUAAAACGACGGAUACACUUACUGGAUGACAGAUUCAUUACAAUGGAAUUCACUACCAAAACUCUUGGAAAAGAACUGCUACGUGAGGUUUGCUCCUAUCUUAAUGCGGCAGAGUCAGUAGCCUACUUUGGAAUACGCUAUGUGGAUAACAACUCUUUGCCACAAUGGUUGGAUCCAGAAAGACGAGUUAUGAAGCAGAUUAAAGACCUAAAACAAGAUGUGCUCAGUUUACGAGUGAUGUUCUACCCUCCGAAUCCACUGAAGAAAUUCAAAAACCCUGAUGCCAAACAUUUGUUUUACCUUCAACUUCGACGCGAUUUCUAUGUCGGACGGCUUCGAACGAAUUGCUCAGCGACGUGUGAACUUGCCGCCUAUGCUAUCCAAGCGGAUCAUGAACUGACAAGUAUUCCAGAGGGAUUUGAUGUUGUUAACAUUCCUGGAGGCAUGUGUAUCCUGCCGGACAUACCUACAGAGGUGGUAGACCUAAUUCGGUACCGAUUAAAGCGGUUACUUGGACUUUCUAAAGAACAAGCUAAGGAUGAAUUCAUUCGGAGAGCUUGUGAAAUCGAAACAUACGGAAUGGAACCCUUUCAAGUUAUGGAUCAGUAUGAAAAUGGACUUUGCAUAGGGUUCAACCACCUUGGCAUAUCUGCUUUCAAGAAUGGCACCCGAACAGAUACAUUUUACUGGCGGGACAUAAAACAAGUGAAGCGAUCAGGAAAACAGCUGGUAAUUGUUAUACCACGGAGGCAGCGUGAAGUCUCUUUGGGAUUCAAGUGUCAUUCCUCAGCAGAAUCUACAAUGCUUUGGCGUCGAGCUGUCUGUUGCAGACAAUUUUCAAGGUGCGUUGAUAAGACAAACGAAGAUGUUGAAAAAGAUGAGGUUGAUGAACAAUUGACACAGACCAAUGAUCAUUCCGAAGAAACGCCUGAACCCACUGUAGCUAUCCAUUACGAGCUAGAACUUCAAACCGAUUCUUCACAUUCUUCGACUGAGGACUUCCACAAACCGCGCGCUAAUGAGAAGGAUUUCUCCCAAGCUUCCCUCAAUCGUUUCCUACCCGCACCCCGACACAGUCUAGCUCUACCACCCCCGUUGCCAUUUGCUAUAUCACAGCGACAAAAGCAAUUUGGCGGUAGCAUGGAGUUGAAUGCCUAUCCCAAUGACCUUCACCCUCACGUUGUGGACGAUUUCUCCCUGGAGCUGUCGCAGCAUAAACCGUUUUUCACGAGCUCCUCAAUUAACCUGUCAACUAACCACACCCGGGAUCGGGCAUCACCUCGGAGUUCGCUAGCAACUGUGCCGUGAUCUUGUUUCCAAACCACUGAUUCCACAGAGCGGAAUUUCGCGAUCAUUCACCUCGAAUUUGUUCACCUCUGCUCAUAUGAAUAUGUUUUGUGCAACCAGCUAUGGGACUCCGUGGGGUUUUUCGUACUGUCUGUUGUAUUUUGCAAGUCGUGCACAAAUAGUCAUCAUGUGAUUACACUUUUGAAGCCAUU